CUCUGUCAGCCAUCCGCCCAUCAAUCAAGCUUGCUACUGCUCUGCUACUCCUCUGCCGCCAUCCAUCCAUCAGUGUGUGCGUGUGUCUACGUCUAGAGCACGUCGUCGUCCUCCUCGUCCUCGUCAUGGUCGUCGAUGCCACCACCAACACCACCACCACCGGGGCGCACCGGCCGCAUCCCACGGCGGUCCCCACCCUGAACCGGCACCUAUGUAUAGGACACACACACACACAGAGUGAGAGAGGGGGAGGGGCAUUCAUUGUGUGUGGGGGGAGAUGCGGGGGGUGUGGCUGUGUGGUGUACGUACGUCAUCGCUUUCUCCCUCGUCUUCGUCGAGUAGGUCGUCCUCCUCUUCAUCCUCCUCCUCUGUCGACUCGUACGGCGGGCGGCGGGCGGCCAGGCCGCCUCCUGACACACACACACACAUACACAUACACACACAUUCACAUAGAGAGUUUGUCUGUGUGUGUGUGUGGAUGGGAGAGGUGGCCGGCCACACUGACUGACUGACCUGUGUGCUGUUCGUCUAUGUCGUCAUCCUCAUCUGCUUCGUCGCUCUCGUCACUCUCUUCGCCGUACAUGCUGCCUAUCACCUCCCCCUACACACAUAUGAAUGGCUGGCCGGUUGGGCAUCAGACUGCCUCUUUCAGGCACGCUCUCUGGACGCACCGCACCUGUCUGCCGCCCCUCUCCCUGGGCGCCGGUCGUCGCGGCCUCUCGGCGUUCAUGGCCGCUGCGGCCAUUGACGGGUGGUCCUCGUCUAUCGACUCAUCCUGGUCAAACAAAGGCUGAGCGAACCACACCCACACACACAGAGAGAGAUGUGUGUGUGUGUUGGGGAGGUGUUACCUCAUUGGCGUUGAUUUCGGUCUCGCCACGGAGGAGCCGCCACUCCUGCCCAUCCAUCCAUCCAUCCGUUCAUGUGGGUAUGUGUCUGUGAGUGGUACGACAUCCAUCGUGUGUGUGGCGUGGCGCACCUCCUCCCUGAGCCUCUUUUGCAUCUUCUUCAUGCGCCGUUCGUUCUCGUCCAUACGCAGCUGCUCCUGAUAGGCACACAGUCACAAGAACAUUCACACAUGGCGACACACGCAUGGCAUGCAUCGAAUGCAUUCACUGACUGACCUGGCGGUUCAUUUCGUCCAGCUCGUGCUCGAGAUGGUCCAAGUUGCUGCAGCAAUGCAUCCAUCCAUCCGUCCGUCAUGAAAAAGAUACCGUGUGUGUGGAUGUGCACACCUGAUCGAUUUGUGUGUGUGUGUGUGUGCGUACCGCUGUCGGUCUACGUAUAGGCCGUAGUAGUGCCUCAGCUCCCUCUCGUGGCGCUCAUACUCCUCCAGAAAGGCCGGACGCACCUUUACACACACACAGUCACACACACACACACACACACACACGUGUGUGGUGGUAUGGUUAGGCUCACUCACUCACCCCAGCCAUGUUCUGUAGCCUCUUCUCAGCUCGCUCGACGUCGGCCUGUUUCUUCUUGAUCUGGCUGCGCAGGCGGGCCUCGUCCUUCUCGAGCGCAGCGCACAUCGACCUGCACACGAAUGCACAAACGAACGUGUUAAGCUGUUCUGAUGAUUAGCGGAUGCUUGUCGGAUGCUUAUCUUACUUCAUCUGCUCGAGGCUGUCUGUGUCGCUGCGCAUCAUCCGCUUGAUGGACUUUUCUAUGAAAUCACGCCUGCAGCCCAGCCACACACGAGUUGUGCUGGGAGUGCGUCUGCCAGCCCUGCGCACACGCACUCACUCAGUGGUGCUAUCGAGGUUUCGGCUGAUGCUAUCCAGGAAGGCAAGAGCCUGCACACGCACACAUAUUGAUGUACCUCAGUCUCUCUCUGUCUUCACAUAAGUGCACACCUUUUCCCUGGCCUCUCUGUUGUCGCCAUCCCUCCCCAGCAAGUCGUGCAGCCGCGCACCAGACUCAACUAUCUAAAUGUGAAAACGCCACACACACAGAGAUGCAUAGCGUACACCCAUACUCGCUCGUCGGGGGAUGAGUUGAUAGACAGACAUACCUGUGAACUGAGUGCCUUUGCCGCUUUCAGGUCCGCCAACUUGCCCGCCAGCAGAUGGUCGGGCGGCGCUGCGCACACAGAACAUCACAAGCCAACACACACACAUACACUUUGACAGAUGAAUGCGAUUCUGGUGUGUGCCGACCUUCGGUGGAUCCGCUGAGGCUGCCCGCCGGCUGUGAUGGGUUGCUUGUGUCGGUGACGGCCCGCAUGCCCUCGUACAGCAUCCGGGCCACCUUGACCAUCUCCUUAACCGCGUACAUGUCCGCACCUGCACACACGAGUGACUGAGUGAGUGAGUGGCACAAGUUGGGUGCAUCGCAUCAAUGGGGGCCGAUUCGUCCGCCCGGCUGCCUGCCGACCGUAUAGGCGUUUGGGGUUCAUCUUGAUGCGCGUCUUGACAGCUACCACCUGCACACACACACACACCACGUGUGGGUGGGUAGGUCGAACCAUUCGCUGUUUUUGUUCUUCCUGUCAGGCUUGCCUCGCAUAUCUUCUUGACGAACUCAAUCCGGUGCGGCUCGUCAGUGAUGUCGUCCGGGAUGCUGCACACACACACACACAGACAGAGCACCACAUUGAGCGGACGUUCGUCCCUGCCCCUUUCACGUAUGUGUGUGUGCGCACUUGACAGUCGGGUCCAGCCGAUGGCACAGCCAAUCCUGCAUUCACGACACACCACACUUCACUUGCGGGCACAUCUAUCGCAAGGAUCUGGGCGUGUGAGAUAAAUGACUGACUGACCAUGAUGUCGGCGACGAGCUCGAAGUUUGGCGUCCUGAAGUUGUCAAGGGAUAUCAGCCGGGGAUACCCCAGGUGACGCAGGUACUCCACAAACGACCUGCAUCCAUCAAUUGGGCGCAGUCGGAAGCAGAAGAGAACAAAAGGACGACAGCAUGAUAUCGGCACUUUGCCGAAUCUUUCUGUGUAUGUUGAUAGAUUGAUGCACCUGAUCUCACGGUAUGACAUGGCUGCAGCGGGGGAGCUUUUCGGGGAAAGAAAUUGAGGGCGGAAUCGCGAGCCUUUUUGGCGAGAUUUCGUAUUCUCGCCUCGCGGAGACGGCGAUCAGAGCCAUCAAUUAAAGCAGUUCACCUUCCCUCGUCGUGCAUCCUCAAUGGAGCAUUUCCCUCACCUCUUUUUCCAAUCAUUUGCCCGCAACUUGAGGGCUUUCCGAACGGCAGGUGCCGCUCUUUUCAUCUGCUCAUUCCUCAGCAGCAGCGCUUCGUGGACCGCCUCUGGUGCAGCUGAUUCGCCCGCCCCAGCCGCGGCAGGUCUGGAGGCGUCUGUAGGAUUCGGUAGCGGAGGACAACUUGGCGUCUACGCAGACGACGAGUGCAGGUAAGGGAGCGACCACCAAAGGAGAACCCACCUGAGGCGACCACCAAAGGAGAACCUCACCUGAGGGAAUGGUACAAUUGUUAACGAUAAGGUGAUGAGGCACAGCCAGCCGUCCAUCUGUGUGUUUUCG